CCACGUCCCCUCGCUCGCGCUCUCUCUCUGCCUCUCUCCUCCUUCACAGGGUGACACGUCUGCAGGGUGAGUGAGUGGCAUUGGCAGACUGUCAAUCCCUCACCAAAGCGGCCAUCAAACAACAUAAAACACACACAGUCACUGGGCUGCUGGGCUCAUAAAUUCCAGCUGGCUGAUAUUUUUGCACAUUGCUUUGCAGAGAGUGUGUAAUUAAUUUUUUUACAGUUCUUUCCCCUUUAUUUCCGCUCUUUUCUUUGCACAAGUUCAAACUUUUGAUAGCUGCAAUUUUACCCCCAUUGUACAGACUUGGGAUCAUUUGUUAUUAUUUUUUGGGGGAGGGCAAUUAAUUUUUUUCAUCUGUGUUUGUGUUUUCUUGGGCUUUUUUUAAUGUUGCAAUUUGGGGAUGGGGGUGUUUGCUUGGUUUGUUGUGGUUUUUGCUGUUUGCCACCCUCCUAACUUUUUAAGGAUUUGAAAGCAAGUUUUUGUGUGUGUGUGUUUUUUAAUUUUGCCUUUUUUUGCGAAGAAGAUUAUUUUUUGGACAAGUGGAGGAAAGACAUAAAAAGCAACAAUAAAAAUAAAAAAGAAGAGAGGGGGGAAAAAGCUUUGGAGGAAGAUUGUACCGAGGGGAGAAAACUGCAAAAAACCUUAUCAACUCAUUAUCCGAGCCAGAAAUAUCAUUGUUAUGAUGAAAGAAGAUUGUAACUAAAGAAGAGAGUGAUUUACUGCAUUGGAAAGAAGAGCGUGGAAUAAACAACUGAGAUCCGGUGAAAUACUAAAUACUGAUUUUUUUUGUUAAUUUGCGAGAGUAAAAUAACAGCAAGCAGGAACUGAAAUUGACUACGGGAACCACAGAUUUAUUCGCAUUUUAUUUUCUAAGCACAAACCUCCUUCCUCUGAUUGUGAGGCUCUUUUUGCCGUUUCUCCUGCUGCUAUCUCUGAAAGUGCAUUGAUUGGGCUGCGGUAGGAGGUAUGGAUGAUCAGUCCAGGAUGUUGCAGACUCUGGCCGGUGUGAACCUGGCUGGCCACUCGGUGCAGGGGGGGAUGGCUCUGCCUCCUCCCCAUGGACAUGAAGGGGCAGACGGCGACGGCAGAAAGCAGGACAUCGGAGACAUCCUCCAUCAGAUCAUGACCAUCACUGACCAAAGCCUGGAUGAGGCACAAGCAAAAAAGCAUGCACUGAACUGCCACAGAAUGAAGCCUGCUCUAUUCAGUGUCCUGUGCGAAAUCAAAGAGAAAACAGGUCUGAGCAUCCGAGGAGCCCAGGAAGAAGACCCCCCCGACCCCCAGCUAAUGAGAUUGGACAAUAUGCUUCUGGCCGAAGGGGGCCCCCCCCCCCCCCCGCCCCCCCCCGCCUCUGCAGGGUCCUCAGAUAAUUCUAUCGAACACUCAGACUACAGAGCCAAAUUGACCCAGAUCAGACAAAUCUAUCACACAGAGCUGGAGAAGUAUGAACAGGCGUGUAACGAAUUCACCACCCACGUGAUGAACCUUCUCCGAGAACAGAGCCGGACGCGCCCCAUUUCUCCCAAGGAGAUCGAACGGAUGGUGGGCAUCAUCCAUCGGAAAUUCAGCUCCAUCCAGAUGCAGCUCAAGCAGAGCACUUGUGAAGCCGUCAUGAUCCUGAGAUCGAGGUUCCUUGAUGCCAGGCGGAAAAGGCGUAACUUCAGCAAACAAGCCACAGAAAUCUUGAACGAGUAUUUUUACUCCCACCUCAGUAAUCCCUACCCCAGUGAAGAAGCCAAAGAGGAGCUGGCAAAGAAAUGCAGCAUCACAGUAUCACAGGUGUCCAACUGGUUUGGCAAUAAGAGAAUCAGGUACAAGAAGAAUAUAGGGAAGUUUCAGGAAGAAGCCAAUCUUUAUGCUGCAAAAACAGCUGUGACUGCAGCGCACGCCGUGGCAGCAGCUGUCCAGAAUAACCAGACAAACUCCCCCACUACACCAAACUCUGGUUCUUCUGGUUCUUUUAACCUCCCAAAUUCUGGGGACAUGUUCAUGAACAUGCAGAGUCUGAAUGGGGAUUCUUACCAGGGGUCCCAAGUCGGAGCCAAUGUGCAAUCACAGGUGGAUACCCUGCGUCAUGUUAUCAAUCAGACGGGAGGAUACAGUGAUGGCUUGGGAGGAAAUUCACUGUACAGUCCACAUAAUUUAAAUGCUAAUGGAGGCUGGCAGGACGCAACUACUCCAUCUUCUGUGACUUCCCCUACAGAAGGACCGGGAAGUGUGCACUCUGAUACCUCUAACUAAUCUCCCAGCAACACUUUUUCCCUGAGCUGAGAUGCCUUGAUUAGUGCAUUGAGAGUAACAGGAGAAAAAGGAGGAAUUUUUUUGUAGCCAACCACCUACAGCUUUACUGUAAAACCUUGUCUUACUAGAAAACUUGGUAAAUCUGUUUUUUAAAGGUAUCAUAAUCAUUUGUAUUUAUACGCAAAACACACAAUGUUAAAAAGCACUUUAUCCAAUUAGGCCAAGACUUAGCAUUGUUUAUAGCCCUGUAACUAUUUUAUCAUAAUUUAUUAUCAGCCGUUUUAACAAUGAUGGUCUAGCAGCUGCCAAUUACUUGGCCUUAAGGGUAAAAGUUCAAUCUAUGCUUAACCUCAAUAGCAAGAGCAGCCACAAAGAAACACCUCACCUAAAUUUAACUUCUUGCCUAUGUCCAUGGAACGCCUAAAUGAAUUACAAACUUUGAUUGUGUUUAAUCUUUUCAUAUCUCUUAUAGAGUUGGAAUAAACAUUGCUGUUCAGUUAUUUCGGUUAACAAUGGUUGUGUUGAAGAAUCCUUAUUCGUCACAUUUUUGUUGUGAUCUAUUGUUUUCUAAAAUAGAUUGGAAACAGAGAGCACCAGCAUCUACUCUCUGUAUUUCAAUAACGGACAGAAAUUGUUCUAAGAGAUGAAGAUACUUGCUUAUUUUUGCGGAAGCCAAGAUCUGGGGUUUUACAGUAUGAGCUGGGCGCUGCACACAGAUAUGCCAAGACUUGCUACAUCCUCUUGGCAACCACCACAAAAACAAGGAAGGCACCAUUAUAUGGAGUGUUGUAUAUAGUGUAGCAAAAGAGUAUUUAUACAUCUCACCAAUCAAAACACAGCUUUAUUACCUCAUGCGAACUCAUACAAACCAAUAGAAUUUCAACAUGUUCUGUAGCUUAGAGUGCUCACUUACUACCUCUGAACAAUACUCACGCUGUAGUUUGUCUCUUUCUUAUCUUUUUGCAUCUUGUAAUUAACCCUUUGUUUCCCCUCAUGAAAUGUAAUGUACAUUGUAAUCUUUUAAAAAAAACCAGGGUUGCAUUUGCAACUUUUAAAGAAGCUAAAGUGGAAACAUUGGGUCUUAGAUUUAACACAAAACAGUAAAACUGUUGUAAAUACUGAGAAACAUUUUGAAUGUUCUUCAUCUUGUUACUAAUCCACGCAAAAACCAACAACUAAUUGUAAUGCAUACAGAUUUCAGUAUUCAGUACUGUAUAUUUCGCCCUGUGUAACAGGGGGCCCUUUCUUUCUCUCUUUUGUAUUGUAUGCGAUUCUGAAACUGAUUGAGUCAUGAAAAUAAUUUGUGGCAGUGAUUCUAAUGUAUUAAAACGUUUCGUGUUACUUUCUAACUGGAUUACACCCUGGAUUGAAAAGUCUUCCUCGUGGUAGUUAUAUGUAGUUUCAAACAUGAAUAAACUUUUUGCUUUCAUGAUCAAA